UCGACUGAUCCAACUCCGCCUGCCACUUACAUCCACUGCAUCUGAACAAGUUGUCUGUUGUCAACUCUUGUCAACUCCCCACCUGAAAUCUUCAGACCUCGGAAUGUCAUUGUAUUUCGAUGGCUCCAUUAACUCAGUCCCAGCUCAAUGCGUCGAUCCAUCACGCGCUUCCGUCCAUGACACAACGCGCCGUCAGGGACUUUGGCAGUAAAAUGGUUGUCGAUGCGAAACAUGAGCUCGUGGCGCAUUUCACGACCGAAGCGCUCGACGAAGUCGCAGAUGUAGUCAUUGGCAAAGCCAGCGACAGCUUCCUUGACAAGUGUCUAGAGAAGCGGCUGUUGACUAUCGAAGCGAAACCGCUGAUCAAGGCCCUCGCCAAAGCCGAGCGCCUGGGGUAUGAACCUGGCGACGUGAUCCAGGACGAAGAACGGGAGCGCGUCAUCCCUCAAGAGGCUUAUCCGGGAACAGGGCCAGCUGCGCCUCCAAAUGGCCAUCCCCCCUGGCCCGCCCAGCCGGCUUCUGCAUACCAGCAAGGAAGUCAGCCACAACUUCAGUGCAUGAAGUGCUUCCGGACGUUCAUGUAUCCAUCGGCAUACGACCAUCAUACAAAAUACAACGUUUGCAGUCAGCUCCCUCCUACACUUAAAGGCUUCGAGCACUCAUGUCCGCACUGUGGUCAGGGCUUUACCAGUGUAGAUGGAUUGCAAGCUCACCUCGACAUGAAAAUCUGCGGCAACUUUGGCCAGCCGCUCAGGAUCUCGGUGCCGUCUAUGCGUACAGCUUCAGUUCCGGCUCCUCCUCCCCUACCUCAACCCAGCUCUCCAGCCAUUCUUCCGUCUGCAUCCUCUCGGACCUCGCCCACGAACGGGUAUUCACGCGCGCAACCGCAGUCAACUCCGGGGCAUCCUAGCUUGGCUAGCCGAGCCGCAGCAGCAACCCCUGGGUCGUCGCACUCUCCUAUCGCGGCCGACCCUUACGCCCACCUGAGCCAACAAGACAUGGACGCCAUGAACGAGGAACUCCGUCGAGCAGAGCUGAAAUAUGCCCCUCGCUUCGCCGAAGCGGAAAAGAUCGCGGACGAAAACCUACGGCGAGCCAGAAUCGAAGGCCUCAGGAAUAGCUUCGGCACCAAGCAAUCCAUGAUUCGGAAGAAGUUCGGCGUCCGCCUGCGCGAGCGACGCACCAAGGCCGAGAUUAUGGCUGAGAGGGAACGCAUGGGCCUCAAGCGCGCAGAGAAGGAGAAGGCGAGGGCGAUGGCUCAAACUCACAAGAAUGGCUUGAACCCUUCGCCCAAGGCGGAGUCGGCGUCGCAGCCGGGUGGUGGAGGUAGCGGGUGGACUGCGGCUAACACCUCACGGCUAAACGCUGCCUGGGACGAGCACGAUGCCAAGCGCCGGCGCUUGGGUGAGGCUGGCGACUAUCACUCGCCGUACAAGCCUCACGCGGACGAAACGCCCACUCGCAAGACGCACUCCACGUCAGAGGCUAGGAGCGAUCUGCCUGCUUCUCAGCCGACGAGAGUCUAUGAGCAAUCCGGGGUGCGGGUCGAAAUUCACCAGCCAUACGCCGUUAGGCGUCAAUCCGACACCGGACCCGCUACUCCAAGCUCAAGCGUCCCUAACGGCCACAGCCGCCGCCCUUCCGGAGCCCGAGAGCAGAGCUCAUCCGAGAGGCAGCCCGUCUUAGUAGAUGAUUCCUCGUCAUCUUCCGAUGAUGAGGACAUCCCGUCGACGCUGCCAACCCACGUGCGGAAAAGCCUUGCGUCUGGCGGCUCUACCACCUCGCUCCUGCAGAAUUCUUAGUUGACCGUUAAUGAGUGGAGUGGAAGGGUGGGGAGCAAAGGGAGCUAGCUGCCUGGCGGCGGCGUUUCCAUCGAACGCCGCGAGCGAGGGGGCAAGUAACCCCGUAUCACCUACCUGUCUCUGUGCGAUAGAAUAUGGAGUUCCGUUCUUCUUUCAGCCGCGUCAAAUACCCCGAAUAGACCCCCAGGGAAGGCCAGCUUCCACGACCUGCAUAGUUUUUAUUUAUAUCAACUGUUCUCCAGGCGUCACCAAGCCUCCUUUUGCUAAUACC